CUCAGACUUCACGCUCAUCAAGCUAUGGACAGAAGGCGAAUAAACGGACCCACUGAAGAGAGCUUUGUACCUGUAUUCGACGAAAGUCCUGAUGCUUGGAAAGCCGCAGAUGGGAGGAAAGGUCGAGGGCUUCUCGAUAUACGCCCAAUCUUUUUGCAGCCUGGCCUCAUCAGCCAGGCAAACGGCUCGGCCUACAUCGAAACACAAAAAACAAAGAUUGCUUGCGCUGUAUAUGGACCGCGACAAUCGAAAAACACUUCCUACAGCGAUAUGGGGCGACUCAAUGUAGAAGUCAAGUUCACGCCGUUCUCUUGCCCGCGUCGACGCGCUCCAUUACGCGACGCUGAAGAUCGAUCCCUAGCAGUCGCUAUUCAUCAAGCUCUGGCAUCAUCCGUGCGACUAGAACUCUUGCCCAAGUCAACUAUCGACGUCUUUAUUACGAUUAUCGAGUGCGAUGGCCUGGAAAGCUGUGUUGCUGCUGGAUCUAUAGCUGCCAGUACAGCUCUAGCAGACGCAGGCAUUGAGCUAUUUGGACUUGUUGUGUCUUGUGCAGCGUCUCUUAUCGAAAAUCAAGUCUGGUUAGACCCUACCCAAGAAGAGGAGGCAGUCUCUGGUGGCACAUUAGUCCUCUCAUGUCUGCCAGCGCUCAAUAAAAUCACAAACAUCUGGCAUACUGGCCAGAUGUCCGCAAUGGACGUCAUUCGGUGUACAGAGGCUUGCCAACAGAAAAUAGAGGCAGAUAUUCAUUCUGUGGUAGCUCAGGCUUUAUUAGAAAGCGCCAAGAUAUAG